GCUCGAGGAGCUCCAUGGAGCCCCAGUGUCCACACAGGACACACUGCUGGGGUGGACGGGGUCCAGGGAUGCCCUUACCAUCAGCCUGUCUGUGCACAGGCCGAGUGCUGCCCGCCAAGGGACAUCCGCCCUCCAUGGCCUGAGAAGCCCAGAGGAGGAGAGGAAACAGGACGCGUAGCAGGAACGCCUUUUCCUUUCCUUUGUAACUGACCCUUCACUCGGGCUGGGGAGAGUGAUCUGCAGGGCUGGCUUGGGUCUGGCUGCUGCUGUGAGCCUGCAGCCCUUUGCUUUGGAUCUUGCGGGGUGCCCUGUACGUCCACCGUGCUCCUGGCUGGCCCUGGAACACCCACUGCAGCUCAGGGCUCAUCUGCAAAAUGGGAGUGUUCAAGAAGGCGAGCCCCAAUGGGAAGCUCACUGUCUACCUGGGAAAGCGGGACUUUGUGGACCACAUCGACCUUGUGGACCCAGUGGAUGGCGUGGUCCUGGUGGAUCCUGAGUAUCUCAAAGAGAGGAGAGUCUAUGUGACACUGACCUGCGCCUUCCGCUAUGGCCGGGAGGACCUGGAUGUCCUGGGCCUGACAUUCCGCAAAGACCUGUUUGUGGCUAAUGUGCAGUCCUUCCCACCGGCCCCUGAGGACAAGAAGCCCCUGACACGGUUGCAGGAGCGUCUCAUCAAGAAGCUGGGCGAGCAUGCCUACCCCUUCACCUUUGAGAUCCCGCCGAACCUCCCUUGCUCAGUGACGUUGCAGCCAGGGCCAGAAGACACCGGGAAGGCCUGUGGCGUGGACUAUGAAGUCAAAGCCUUCUGUGCUGAGAACCUGGAGGAGAAGAUCCACAAAAGAAAUUCUGUACGUCUGGUCAUCCGGAAGGUUCAAUAUGCCCCAGAGAGGCCUGGCCCCCAGCCCACAGCCGAGACCACCAGGCAGUUCCUCAUGUCAGACAAACCCUUGCACCUGGAGGCCUCCCUGGAUAAGGAGAUCUAUUACCAUGGAGAACCCAUCAGUGUCAACGUCCAUGUCACCAACAACACCAACAAGACAGUGAAGAAGAUCAAGAUCUCGGUGCGCCAGUAUGCGGACAUCUGCCUCUUCAACACAGCGCAGUACAAGUGCCCCGUGGCCAUGGAAGAGGCUGAUGACACAGUGGCGCCGAGCUCAACGUUCUGCAAGGUCUACACACUGACCCCCUUCCUGGCCAACAACCGGGAGAAGCGGGGCCUGGCCCUGGAUGGGAAGCUGAAGCACGAGGACACGAACUUGGCCUCCAGCACCCUGUUGAGGGAAGGAGCCAACCGUGAGAUCCUGGGCAUCAUUGUCUCCUACAAAGUGAAAGUGAAGCUGGUGGUGUCUCGGGGCGGCCUGUUGGGAGAUCUUGCAUCCAGCGAUGUGGCUGUGGAACUGCCCUUCACCUUAAUGCACCCUAAACCCAAAGAAGAACCUCCGCGUCGGGAAGUUCCAGAGAAUGAGGCGCCAGUGGACACCAAUCUCAUAGAACUGGACACAAAUGAUGACGACAUUGUGUUUGAGGACUUUGCCCGCCAGAGACUGAAAGGCAUAAAGGAUGACAAAGAGGAAGAGGAGGAUGUUACCGGCUCCCCACACCUCAAUGACAGAUAGACGGGCCGGCCUCCCCCGGCAGCUCCGGGCCACUCUCCUGCACUCGGAUGCUCACUUGUCUUCUUCCCCUUCUGGUCCCCCCUCCCCCUUGUUCUUCCAGUUUCUACCAGGGGGCCUCAUGGCCUCCAGGUCUUGGUGAUGGACCUCUGGCUUCAGGACUGGCCCCACAUCACCAUGCCAACAAGCCCACAGUGCACUGAAUUCACCCCUCUCCCAAGUCACCUCUGCACUCCUUUCCCCUUUUCAUGCUCAUCCCAGAAAGGCCACCAUGACAUGGGUCUCGGGAUUUGGCUUGAAAUGGGGAGUGAAAAGGGGAGAGUGCCUAGGAGGGGUGCGGCAGUGGUGGGCAUGAGCACUCAGGUGGCAGGGGCGCUCAGGACGUAGGAGCAGAUGUCUGGAGUCCCAGGUGGUAGCACGGUUCUGGCAGCUGAAGGAUGAGCACGGGGACAGGUGCCCUUCUGCUGUGAGCUGGGUAGAUUCCCAAUGCCUUUUUGCAGUUUGGACCCACCAAAGACCUCUCCUCCUUCACCUUCACCCCUGCCCAGGUCCCCACACCUUAAGGGGCCUUGGUGAAAACCUUGUAGGUGCCAGAAUGGAGGAAAACAGUGGAUGAACUUUCGUACCAGCAGACACCCGGGCUGAGGCCAGCUGUGUGAACUAGCCAAGUACAUCUCUGCUUUGUCAGAACGUGGUGUCUUAGCUGCCUUGUGCAGAGACGGGAGGGAGAGGGGUCUUCAGCCAGCCCAGCUUCAGGGCGCUUCCUAAGUGGGGGCAGGAAGAUGCGAGUCUGCCUUACUUCCCUUUCUUUGUGGAUUUAAGAUGGUCACUGGGAGCGAGGCUGGACAGCCAGAGGGAGCUGGGCCACCACUCUCCCUGGUUGCCCCUGCACUCUCCAGGCUGCGCACUGGGCCGGCCUUGCAGGUGGGAAAGGGAAAGCCGGAGGCCCCUGUCCCUCACAGAGGGCAUAUUCUGCAGUGGGUGGAGGCUCCUGGGUGCUCUCCACUAAAGGCAGGAGGCUGCCGUUUUUCCCCUUGUGUCAUGGGUACCCUGUACCCAUCAGCUGGUGUUGGUGUGAUCAGGACCUAGCACGUUUCGCAGGAAAACAGGGCAGACAGCUGAUAAAGGAGAAAGUGUUAAAAGGUAUCCAUCCUUGUCUGGUCUUUGAUGCUAACUUGCUCUGUGACCUUGGCCAAGUUUCUUCCCCUCUCUGCGCUUCAGUUUUUCACUGGAAAACCAAGAAGAGUUUGACCAGAUGACCUCAAAAGGCCUCCCAGCUCUGGCUUCUGAGACUCUGAAUGUUAGCGCUCUGGUGUGCUGUGUGGAGCUGGGGCUGCUGACUGCUCUAGCCUCCAGACCUCAGAGAGCAGGGUCCUGCCCGGCACUGAGUUCCUCUUCCGGGCCUGGGAAGCUCCCUUUUUGUGUGCCAGGAAUUUGCCUGGGAUGAAGCUGUGGCCAUAGUCUGGCUAUAACAAGAUGGGACAGAGCUGAGUUAGCUGAGGCUUGGGUGGGGGGCUUGUGAUAGAACCUCCAGGACCUCCCGGCCUGUCUUUCCACAAGGAUUCAGACACCCUGAAGCUUCUUUCUGUCGUGGUCCCACCCUUGGCCUGGAAAGGGAGAUGCACAAUGGCAUUGUUCAAGUUGGAUCGGAACUUUGUCCCAGCCUGGCACAUCCAGCUGGGGGCUGUGCAGCCAUUUCCCAUGGUGAAAUGACCCUGUCGCCUGGCCCUUCCCAGUGACCUCAUAAACCCCCAACCCAAGGGACCCCUUCCCAGGUCAGAGCUGAGUGCGUGGCAGUCACACUCCUCUGGCUAGCCUGGGGUCCUACCUAUAAGCAUCCCAGGUAUCCAGCUCCUGCUAGAGCUGGCUGGGCAGUUUGUGCCCCUCCUGGACAGCUGUAGAGGCCUAGGACACUGGAACAGCAAGUGGCAAGCGUGUACCUUCCCCUGUCUCCCUCUGGAAUUGGAUAGGGGACCCCCUCGUGUUUGGGGUAACCAGUCCCCUGCCAGGCUCUCCGCCCCCCGCCCCCCAGCAUGCACACAGAAGAUCUGCCAGGCUGGCUUCUUCUGCCUCAAUGUCGCACUCCCCUUUGGGGUUUAGCCCAGUGUCAACUGCAGCUUUCCCAGCGGCAGGGAAGUGGCCAAGCCCUGUCUAUCUUUUUGCUCCUUAAACCAGGACUGCACAUGGCAGUGGUUAAAUUCAACUGAAUUCAUCCUUUGCUGAUGGCUUCUCUGCUCUCUGCCUAGUGCUGGCGACACAGAGAUGGGCUGUUCUUGGCAAGCUCAUAUACCCAGAGGGAGGUGACAAGGUAAAGUAAGAAGAAAGCACUGCCUCCAGGCUCCAUGGCUGCUCCUGGUCCGCACCCAGCCUUGGUGAGAAUUAGAGCCCAGGACUCAUCUCCAGGAGGCGGAGGACACUGGAUGGACAGCCUCGUGGGUGGCUCAUGGGUUGGGUUUGGGUGCCACUUGCCCCUCAGCCAGGUGUCGUGCUGUGGAGCCAUGCUGUAGUCCUGUGGGGCACAGGCCGGUGUUUUUUAGGCAUCUUCCUGGACAGAAGGGCCCAGAUUGUCUUUCCAGACACCUAGGCUCCCCUAAAAUGAUUGAGUGGACCUAUGUAGGGCUUCUAUAUUCUGCUAUCAACCUGGCCAGGUGACACCUAAUUUCAUGGGGUUUG